AUGUGCAGAUAUGUUAAAAGGAAAAAUAAUCAAGGCUUGAUUUCCUAUUUUUUUCCAAGUGUACUCAUCUCCAAUUUCACUUUCAUAGAUAUAAUCAAGUUCGAACUCAAUCACAUACAAUCUCUCUGCAUUUAUCAGAUACUUUCUAGUAUCAAUUGCAAAAUAAUGAGGAAUUGUCGAGAAAGAGUCCAGAUCUACAGAAUAUACCAAAAUGUGUCUAUCGCACAUUCCAGUAAGAAUAUUCCCAUUAAAUACUGUACUUUGACAAUCGAAAUCAGCUUCUGAUAA